AUGGAAGAGACAAAUGAAACUUCUGUAAAAGAGUUCAUCCUUUUGGGACUUACUAGCUUCCAUCAGCUACAGAUAUUUCUUUUCAUCGCAUUUCUUAUGUUCUACCUGUUUAGCUUUGUUGGUAACCUAAGCAUUGUGGUUGUGGUUGUUGCUGAUCAUGGGCUUCAUACUCCUAUGUACUUUUUUUUGGGCAAUCUCUCCUUUUUGGACUUUUUCUAUGCAACUACAACAGUCCCAAAAAUGUUGUCUGGUUUGCUUAUAGAAGACAAAAAAAUAUCUUUUCAGGCCUGUAUAGCCCAACUCCAUUUCUUUCACUUCUUGGGUAGCACCGAGGCCAUGCUUCUUAUGUCAAUGUCUUAUGACAGAUAUGUUGCCAUUUGUAACCCAUUAAGAUACCAUGUUCUCAUGGGUAGGACAGUAUAUAUUCAGUUGGCCUUUAUUUCCUGGCUUAUUGGAUUCUUGUACUCAUUGUCUCAUACAAUUCUGACUUCCAGGUUGCCUUUCUGCAAUAUGAACAAAGUCACUCAUUUUUAUUGUGAUAUAAAACCUCUUCUAAAGUUGGCAUGCACGGACACACAUAUAAAUGAAAGCUUAGUGACCAUAAUCACUGGAUCUGUAGCUGUUGGCACAUUUAUUUUAAUUGUAAUUUCAUACACAUUUAUUGCAAUCCAUCUCCAGCACAUUAAAUCUGACCAAGGCAGGAAUAAAGCCAUCUCCACUUGCAGUUCUCACUUGAUGGUUGUCCUUUUAUAUUAUGGAACUGCCUUCUGCACAUACUUGAGACCAGCCACUAAGGAUGCACUGGAGCAGGAUAGAAUGACUGCCAUCUUGUUUACAGUUAUUACACCGGCCUUAAAUCCUAUGAUUUAUGCACUGCGGAACAAGGAAGUGAAGAGAUCUCUUAGGAAAAUGUUCUUAGUGUUGAAGUACAGGCACUCUGCGUUGCCUGUGUCUUUGUCCUAG